UUGUCAUGUCACAUUUCCAGAAUCCCUCUUGCCAAAAACUUGCCCAGCAGCUGGUCUCUGAAUGUUUUAUUGAAUGAGGAGAGUUAUCCAUUACAAGUCAGCCUGGCUGGAAAUGAGGUCACGGUUGUGGCUCAAGAUAAAACAAUGACUAUCCCAUUUGACAUUGAUGUCUCCUCACCCCUCAUCAAGAUGGCUAUCAAUGGAGAGAGUAAACUUUUCCAGUUAUCAAAGAGAAUUGGAGCAGGACUAUACAAACUUAGAUUUUUUGGAACAGUGUACCAGCUGAAGGUCCUGGAGGAGUUUGCUAGUCAGAUGUCUAAACUGAUGCCUGUCAAACAGGAAGUGGACAUGUCCUCACUAGUCCUCGCCCCCAUGCCAGGGGUCCUCAAAUCUGUAGACGUUAAACCAGGGGAUAUGGUGGCUGAGGGCCAGGAAGUGUGUGUACUGGAAGCCAUGAAGAUGCAGAACAGUCUGACAUCAGCCAGGAUUGCUAAAGUAAAGAAAGUGAAUUAUAAACAAGGUCAAACAGUGGAUGAAGGUGAUGUUAUUGUGGAGUUUGAAUGAGAAGACAUUAUAAAAACAGAAUGAAUAUGAGGAAAAAAAUGAUACUCCAAGGAAAUCUUGUGCUGCCAUUUAUUAGUGCUUGAAGAACAGUGUUCCACCAUCUGUCUUCACUAACUUAACCUACUGCUUUAUUUAUACUCACUUUGCAACAGUCCAGGUUGAUUAUAAAAUUGUAUAAAGAAGUAUUAGAUGUAAGAGGUGCCUUUACUUAACAUCAGCAUGAUUUACAGUAUAAAAGUUUUUUAAGGACUUCUUUAAAUACCUGCAUAAUUUCAAAGUAUUAAUUGAUUAUUUUGCAAAAUCAGUUGUGAGAUUUGUGAAAUUUUGAGGGCAUUUGUUUACCCGGGUAUUUCAUUUUUGUCUAAUCAGUACAGUAUUAGAUUAAUCACUAGGACAUUUUAUUGGAACAGCGAAAAAUCCCUAUGCAUAGUUCAGCUAAUAGAUCAUUGAUCAGGGGAAGUGAAUGUACUACAAACAAGUAUUUUCCUGUUUAAGCCUUUUGAACAUGACAAGAAUACCUCUGGAAUUAUCUCCUCACCUUCUGUGUUGUGAUAAUAUUUAAAAUCAAUCUUUUUCUAUUGUUGUAAUUAGAAGAUUUAAUAUACAUGUAUUUUAUGUAUCUUUGAUAUAAUUUUGUUUUGUUUUUUAUUAAACUGUGAUGGAUGACAUAAAAUAGAUAUUGAAAUCGUAAUGUUUUGUCAAAACCUUCAGCUUGAUAUGCAUAUGCUUGCAUUUACAAGUACAUUUUGUAAUAAUAUCACAUAAUUUUAAAAAUUAUAUUAAGUAAAAAUAAGUGGAAAAUUUGACAUAAGCUAGCUCCAGAGAACUGAAUUUUUUUAAAAUG